AUGGAUCCUCUAUCAAUGACGGCCAGCAUCGCUACUGUGGGACAGCUCACAUCAACACUCGUGAGCUACAUAAUCGAGGCAACACAUGCAACAAGAGAGCAGAAGAAGGUAGCGGUCGAGGCUAGUAAUCUCUAUAGUCUCUUGAUAAAACUGCGCUUUCGAGUGGAAGAAGCCCGACACAACGAUGAAUGGUUCAACCAGGUUAAGCUCUUGGGAGUCGAAAACGGUCUGCUUGACCAGUUCAAAUAUCUCCUUGAGAAAAUGGUGGACAAACUACCAUCCCCUGGGAAAAGCCAACAACUCAAAUCAGCACUAUGGUGGAAAUUCACCAAAAAGGAAGUGGAAGAUGUGUUGGCUCGAAUGGAGCGAUUAAAGUCCCUCAUCAAUUGUGCCCUAACGAAUGAUUUGUUCGCUUUGUCAAAGACUAUCCAUGGCGACACUCUGGUCGUGAAACAACAGACUGAGCGAGUGCAGUCCCUUUUGGAACAGGACUUACAGAACAAGCUAUCGCGCUGGUUAAGUAUACCAGACCCAUCCGCAAAUUACCACACGGCGCUAGGAAAGCGACACCCAGAGACGGGUCAGUGGCUCCUCAACGGCCAACAUUUCGCAGCUUGGAAAAGCUCGACAUCUUCGCUGAUGUGGCUUCACGGUAGCGCGGGCUGCGGCAAGACAGUCUUAAGCGCCGCGUCACUACACCAUAUUCUCCAGCAUAAAGAGCCUGACACAAUAGUGAGCUAUUUUUACUUUGAUUUCAACGAUAUAGAGAAGCAGUCCUCAAACAAGGCGAUUCGAUCGUUGCUAUUCCAGAUCGCAACACAGGCCACGGACAUCGCCCAUGAGCUUGAACUGUUGUAUGGGAGAUGCAGCCAUGGACAGCAGCAGCCGGCAGAGGACGUUAUCCACUCAUUGUUCAGAAAGGUAAUGGAUACCCCACGUGAGAAGUAUAUCGUCUUAGAUGCUCUGGAUGAAUGUACAGACCGCGAAGGACUGUUGACCUUUCUCCGAGAAUUGAUCGCCUCAAAACCACGGGACCUCCGUGUGUUGGCCACGAGUCGGCGGGAAAGAGACAUCGACGACGAGCUGAGCCCGGUUGCUGAUUACAAUAUUAAUAUUCUUCAAAGUGCUGUUGUGGACGAGGACAUUCGUGUCUAUAUUCGCGACAGGAUGGCAACAGACAAAGGGCUAAAGAAGUGGCCAGACCCGGUGCAGACUGAAAUAACGACUGCACUGAUGGAAAAGGCUGAUGGCAUGUUUCGAAAAACACUGUCAUCCCUACCAAAGACCCUCGACGAGACAUAUAAUCGAAUCUUACGAGAUCUCGAAUCAAACGGGCAACUUGAGAAUGCUAUCAAGGCCUUACAAUGGCUUUGUUUCUCGAAACGCCCUCUGCGGCUAAUAGAAAUGGCCGAGAUCCUCGCCAUAGAGACUGGCGACCAAGGAGGAUUCAACCCAGAGGAACGGCUUCCUGAUCCUAUGGACAUAAUGGUUGUCUGUUCUAGCCUGAUCAGUCUUAAUCCUAUCAAUGGCGACUGGGGUAAUGACAAAGAUGGGGACAAAGAUGACGUCGCCUCGCUUGAUGGCGGUCGUAAAGAUGCUUACAGGAUACAGAUUCAGCUGGCUCAUUUUUCUGUCCAGGAAUUUCUCCUUUCUGACCGUUGUGCAUUUAACCUUGAUUUUCGAUCAGAUACCUGCCACGCCGUUAUUGCAGAAAGUUGCCUACAUUACUUCCUCCACCUAUGUCAGGAUGCACCUGUGACUGGAAAGCUCUCCAAGCAUUAUCCUCUGUUAUUUUAUGCAGCAGAGGAGUGGUGGCAGCACUUACAGGCUAUCACUGGUGUGCCCGACGACAGAUUACUUGAUCAUACACUACGGCUUGUGGGUAAAAAGGACGUUACCUUACUAUCAUGGGUACAGCUUUCGAACGUGGAUAGGAUUUGUAUGAGGUUUGGUUCGCAGUUGGAGCUAAAAGACAUAGCCGAGCCACUUUACUACGCAGCAAGCAUAGGUGUGGCAGCAAUUGUUGAAAAGAUAUUAAGACGAAAUAUUGAUGUCAAUGCUCAAGGAGGAUACUACGAUCAUGCACUACAGGCAGCAUCAAUAAAUGGCCAUGAGACAGUGGUGCAGAUGCUACUAGAUGCUGGGGCGAAUGUCAACGCUCAAGGAGGAUUAUACGGUAAUGCACUACAGGCGGCAUCAAGUUAUGACCGUGAGACAGUGGUGCGGAUACUACUAGAUGCUGGGGCGAAUGUUAACGCUCAAGGAGGAGGGUACGGUAAUGCACUACAGGCGGCACGGCUGAGUAAACAUGAGACAGUGGUCCAGAUACUCUUAGAUGCUGGUGCUAGAGAGUAG